AUGGGCCACAAGUUGCAGUUCCCUACCAUACUCACCUACCGCUAUACAUGUGAUGUUCGGGUCAUUCGCUUGCUGAGACAACGAGGCCUAGGUAAUAGUGCCACCCAACUACAGAGAAAGCUAACAGAACAGCACAGUGAAAGAUGGCUUGUACGUACGAUCAAGUACCUGAAUGAUUGCAAACACUUCAGGGAUGCUUCUUAUAUUAGGCUUUAAUUCCUUGCCCCAAAUUUGAAGAUCCGCCUGAGUACAUUCCCCUGCUGUCAUAGAAGUGGUUCCUCACUGCUUAUGUCCAAGAUAUUCUGCCACACAUUGAGGAAAUUAAAUCUGGAAUCACAUCCACUUUUGGGAUAAUAAUUAAAAUGGAUUCCACCAAGAAGAUUGUUAAAAAGCUGGCAGGACACAGCACUGGGACAGCAGCCUGGGCCACAAAUGUUGCAAAUGAGAGAGGACGGAUACUGAUGAGUGUCCCUACUGCUAGUGACGGAGUGGGACUACAAUCAAUGACAGCAGGCCUCAUGAAGAGAUACUUGGAUGCGGGUGUACCCCUACCUAAAGUUCUCUAUGUUGAUUGUGACUGCUGUGGAAGUGGUGCAGUGAAGACAAAAGAUCUCUUCUCCCACUGGUCAGAGAUGGUGAUAUCUCUCAACAUAUGGCACUUUAUGCGACACACUGCUGUUGGUUGCACUACAGAGUCCCAUCCAAUGUAUGCCAUGUUCCUGGCCCGUCUUUCCCAGUGUAUCUUUGAGCAGAGCCAGGAAGGCCUACAGCUCUUAAAACAUGCUAAACACUGUGAACUAGCGAGGAGUGGAGUGAAAGAUCCAAGUGACGAGGAUGUAAUCAAACAUAACAGCAAGAAAGGGCUUGCCACCCACUGCCGCAGAAAAACCCCUGGUAUAAAAGACACAAAUCAGCUUAUCCAUGACUUACUUCAUACAUUUCAAGGUGAGCAAGGAUGUGACACUCUCGGAGUACCACUUUUGGAUGCUGACCGAAUUUGGGAUAUCUGGGAAUCUCAGAAAAAGCACAUUACAUGUAUCCAGGAUCCUGAUGAAGUACAGCUAUAUACAAAAACAGGAGUUGUCACAAAGGGAGGUGUUGAGCUACCUGUAUACAGAUGUGCCCACGGAUCAACUGCACUG